GACGAACCCUAGCGCUUCCAUCGCGGCGUAGAAGGGCGUUAAAAAUCUCCUCUUUUGCUUCCCCCUCUCUCGUCGCCCUCCCAACUCUGCAAAUCCCCCCAGCAACAGCCCCCUGAUUCAUCUUGGUUCCUUCUAAUCCUUUCGACUUCCCCUCUGUUUCCGUCUCCCUGAAUCCAUCGUCAGCCUGGAAGCAGGGCUCUCCGAGAUCUAGCCCUAGGAACCUCGUUAGAGCCACCCUCUCCCAGAUCCGUCACUUUUUUUUUCACUUCGAAUCGCUGUCCAGGAACCUGUGGUGUUUUUGAGGUCCUGCUUAUUAUCUUGGAAUUCUCCAAGUUAAUUAUUGUAAAACCACAUCUUUGGAUAUGGUGCUGGAUAAUCUGAUCAGAAACAGAAACACUAGUCAAAGUGGGAGAUGGCGAGGCCUAGGCCAAGGCCGUGGUCGUGGACGUGGUGGGCCUGGUGGUACUAUCCGUGGAAGAGGAAUAGGAAUGCUUAAUCGAGGCCCUCUUAGGGUUAAUACUCGCCCGUCACCGUACAAGAUUGCCAAGUCUUUCAGCAGAACAAAAGACAUGACGCAGAGACAUGAUCUCUUUGGUGAUAGCAUGGUAGCAGCUGGCAUUCCUGGAGUUGAAACAGGCACAAAACUUUACAUUUCAAACCUAGAUUAUGGAGUUUCUAAUCAGGAUAUAAGGGAGCUAUUCUCUGAAGUUGGUGACCUCAAGCGUUUUGCAGUUCAUUAUGAUAGAAAUGGUCGACCAAGUGGUUCAGCUGAGGUUGUGUACGCAAGGAGAAGUGAUGCCAUCGCUGCUUUAAAACGUUAUAACAAUGUGCUUCUGGAUGGAAAGCCUAUGAAAAUUGAAAUUAUAGGCACUAAUCUAGGAUUGCCCACAACUCCUCGUGUGAAUGUUGCUGGCGGUUCAUAUGGUAGAGGGAGAAGGACAGUUGUUAUGACCCCACAAAUUGGUCAAGGUGGUUCAAGUUCAUCAAGCCGUUUUUCUCGGAUGAAUCAAGGUAGUGGCCCUCAGCAUGGCCGGGGUCGAGGUCGUGGAAGUGCCAGAGGUGGUGGACGCGGUGCUGGAGCUGCUCGUGGUCGCGGCGGGCGAGGGAUGAAGCCUAAAGUUAAAAAGUCUGCAGAAGAGUUGGACAAGGAGUUGGACAAGUACCAUGCCCAGGGAAUGGAUACCUCUUAAGUGCAAACGCUCAUUCGCCUAGUUACAAGUGCUUGUUCCAAGUAUGAAAGCGAAUUCUAUCGUCGUGCGAUACUGAUAUGUGUAGUCUAGAUCAGCAAGAAGAACCUACUGCGUUUGCUCAAAUCAAUAUCGAUAUUUGAGGACCAACGAUGUUUAUGAUUUGUUAGCUUGUGUUUUUCAAUCACAGAGUUGAUCAAAUUAUGUGACUGAGUAGUGUAUAAGAACCCUGUUUUUCGCAUUUGAUAUCAUGGGCAUGCUAUUUGAACUGGGUUUUUCA